AUGGCUACUGAAACAGAACAAUUGGAAACUGUUGAUAUUACCAAAUUAAAUGCUAUUGCAGCAGGUACUAAUAAAAAAGUUCCAAGAAUUGUUGCAUCUGGAUUUGGUGGUAAAUUAAUGGGUACUGCUGAUUUAGUUAAAGUUACAGCUGAAGAAAUAACAAAAGACUCAAUGGAAUCAUUAGCUGAAAAAGAUGCAAGAGAAAGGGAAAAAUAUUCAAAAAUAAAACAUAUUUCUGAAGAACCAUGGACGUUUCAAAAUUUUGCACAAAAGAUUAAUUGGUUAAAUGCUGUUUUAGUCGUUGCCAUUCCAUGUUUUGGUUUUUAUUCUGCAAUUAAAUAUCCUCCACAAGUUAAAACUUUAAUUUUAGGUUUUAUACUUUAUGUAUUUUCAGGUUUAUCAAUCACUGCUGGUUAUCAUAGAUUAUAUUCACAUAAAGCUUAUGAUGCUGCAUUACCAGUAAGAUUAUUUUUUGCAUUUUUUGGUGCUGGUGCAAUUGAAGGUUCAAUUAAAUGGUGGGGUCAUUCACAUAGAGUUCAUCAUAGAUAUACUGAUACUUCAAGAGAUCCAUAUGAUGCAAGAAGAGGUUUUUGGUAUUCUCAUGUUGGUUGGAUGUUAACCAAAGCAAAUCCAAAAAAUAGAGCAAGAGCUGAUAUUUCAGAUUUAACUGCUGAUUGGGUUGUUGUUUACCAACAUAAACAUUAUUUAUUAUUAUUAUUAUUAUCUGCAUUUGUUUUACCAACUGUUGUUGCUGGUUUAGGUUGGGGAGAUUGGUGGGGUGGAUUUAUUUAUGGUGGUAUCAUAAAAUCAUUUGUUAUUCAACAAGUUACAUUUUGUGUUAAUUCAUUAGCUCAUUGGAUUGGUACUCAACCAUUUGAUGAUAGAAGAACUCCAAGAGAUCAUGUUAUAACUGCUUUUGUUACUUUUGGUGAAGGUUAUCAUAAUUUCCAUCAUGAAUUUCCAAGUGAUUAUAGAAAUGCUUUAAAAUGGUACCAAUAUGAUCCAACUAAAGUUGCUAUUUGGUGUUUAUCAAAAGUUGGUUUAGCUUGGAAUUUAAAAAUGUUUUCACAAAAUGCAAUUGAACAAGGUUUAAUUCAACAACAACAGAAGAAAAUUGAAAGAAUGAGAAAAAAAUUACAUUGGGGUUCAAAAGUUGAAGAUUUACCAGUUUGGACAAGAGAAGAAUUUCAAUCAAGAGCUAAACAAGAAGGUUUAAUAAUAAUAAGUGGUAUAAUACAUAAUGUUAAAAAUUUUAUUAAAGAACAUCCUGGUGGUCAAGCUUUAGUUAGAGCAAGUUUAGGUAAAGAUGCAACUGCAGCAUUUAACGGUGCUGUUUAUGCUCAUUCAAAUGCUGCACAUAAUUUAUUGGCAACAAUGAGAGUAGCUGUUGUUAAAGAUGGUGAUAUUAAUGCCAAUACAUUUGAAUUACAAGAAGCUACAAUGGAAAAAGAAAAAUUAGAAAAAUUACAAUAA